GUGACUGCGGGGGCGGAGCCAACAUGGCGAUGCCGGGAGAGGUGAGGAACUCCGGGCAGGCGCGGCCGAAGCUGUGAGGGAGGUGGCGGAGGGAAGACGUCUACGCCGUGAGUGGGAGGCGGUGGAGGAUAGCCUGACGCCAACUCCCAGGCGGCACAGAGUGGCCUACAGUGGAGCUUCCCUUUUGGAGGGAGCUGGAGAACGGAGAAAGAAGGUGCUGGCAAGGCGAAGCUACCGCUGUCUGUCGGGCGGGGAUUAAAGGGCCAGAGUCCAAGGCAUCCCUAGUCACCCCGGUUUUCCGUGGGUCCAGAGUCUAGAGACAUGACCCGAGAGUGCGCUCCCCCGACCCCUGGGUCCGGGGCUCCGCUGAGUGGGUCCGUGCUGGCAGAGGCGGCGGUGGUGUUCGUAGUGGUGCUGAGCGUCCACGCAGCCGUGUGGGAUCGAUACUCGUGGUGCGCCGUGGCCCUCGCGGUGCAGGCCUUCUACGUUCAGUACAAAUGGGACCGGCUCCUACAGCAGGGAAGCGCGGUCUUCCAGUUCCGAAUGUCCGCGAACAGUGGCCUACUGCCCGCUUCGGUGGUCAUGCCUUUGCUAGGACUGGUUAUGAAGGAGCGCUGCCAGGCUGCGGGGAACCCAUAUUUCGAGCGGUUUGGAAUUGUGGUGGCGGCCACGGGCAUGGCAGUGGCCCUCUUCUCCUCAGUAUUGGCCCUGGGCAUCACUCGCCCGGUGCCCACCAACACCUGCAUCAUCUCGGGCUUGGCUGGAGGCGUCAUCAUUUACAUCAUGAAGCACUCGCUGAGUGUUGGCGAGGUGAUCGAGGUCCUGGAGGCCCUGCUGAUCUUCGUGUACCUCAACAUGAUCCUGCUGUACCUGCUGCCUCGCUGCUUCACCCCCGGAGAGGCUCUGCUGGUCCUGGGUGGCAUCAGCUUCAUGCUCAACCAGCUCAUCAAGCGCUCUCUCACUGUGGUGGAAAGCCAGGGGGACCCCUUGGACUUCUUCCUGCUCGUGGUGGUGGUAGGCAUGGUGCUCAUGGGCAUCUUCUUCAGCACCCUCUUUGUUUUCAUGGACUCGGGCACCUGGGCCUCUUCCAUCUUCUUCCAUCUCAUGACCUGCGUCCUGGGCCUCGGCGUGGUCCUGCCCUGGCUGCACCGCCUCAUCCGCAGGAACCCCCUGCUGUGGCUUUUUCAAUUCCUCUUCCAGACAGAGACCCGAGUCUACCUCCUAGCUUAUUGGUGUCUGCUGGCCACCAUGGCCUGCCUGGUGGUUCUGUACCAGAAUGCCAAGCGGUCAUCUUCCGAGUCCAAGAAGCACCAGGCCCCCACCAUCACUCGAAAGUAUUUCCACUUCAUUGUGGUAGCCACGUACAUCCCAGGUAUCAUCUUGGACCGGCCCCUGCUCUACGUGGCUGCUACUGUGUGUCUGGCUGUCUUCAUCUUCCUGGAGUAUGUGCGCUACUUCCGCAUCAAGCCCCUGGGCCAUACCCUGCGAAGCCUUCUGUCCCUCUUCCUGGAUGAACGAGACAGUGGGCCACUCAUCCUGACCCACAUCUACCUGCUUCUAGGCAUGUCUCUUCCCAUCUGGUUAGUCCCCAGGCCCUGCACACAGAAGGGUAGCUUAGGAGGAGCCAGGGCCCUGGUGCCCUAUGCAGGCGUCCUGGCCGUUGGUGUGGGUGACACUGUGGCCUCCAUAUUUGGCAGCACCAUGGGGGAGAUUCGCUGGCCUGGAACCAAAAAGACUUUUGAGGGAACCAUGACAUCUAUAUUUGCCCAGAUUAUUUCUGUAGCUCUGAUCUUAAUCUUUGACAGUGGAGUGGACCUGAACUACAGUUAUGCUUGGAUUUUGGGAUCUAUCAGCACCGUAUCCCUCCUGGAAGCCUACACUACGCAGAUAGACAAUCUCCUUUUGCCUCUGUACCUCCUGAUAUUGCUGAUGGCCUAGCUGCUGUGCAUUAGUGAUGGAGGCAGCAGGGACAUGGGGAGGACCAACAGUCCCCAGAGCAGCCAGCCACUUGGGUUUGAAGAGCCAAGAUGAGGAGAAGCAAAUUUAAUUUUUCAACUGAUUCAGAUUUAAAAUAAAAAUCAAAGCACUCCUGGU